UUCCAACCUAAACACGAGUCACAUGAUUCGUUGUUUGCUUUCCAACAUGGCUGCCGUGUGUUUUUUGUUCCCCGCGGCGUUAUGUCUCCUCAGUGGGGCUUUAACGUUCCCUUUAAAUCAGGAAAACAAACGUUCCACCGCCUGUGGAUAUCAGUCAUGUCACCCCACCAACGCCAACAUGUUGAAUGUUCACCUGGUCCCACACACCCACGAUGAUGUCGGCUGGCUCAAGACCGUAGACCAGUACUUUUAUGGAGCUCGUAAUGACAUUCAACAUGCUGGGGUGCAGUACAUCCUGGACUCUGUGGUGGACCAGCUGCUGAAGAACCCGGACAGGAGGUUCAUCUACGUGGAGACGGCCUUCUUCUACCGCUGGUGGAAACAGCAGAGCUCCAGUAUGCAGGAGACGGUCAAACAGUUAGUAAACGAAGGUCGUUUAGAGUUUGUGAACGGCGGCUGGUGCAUGAGCGACGAGGCCACCACUCACUACAGCGCCGUCAUCGACCAGAUGACCAUGGGACUGAGGUUCCUGAAUGAAACCUUCGGUCCUUGUGGACGCCCUCGUGUGGCUUGGCACAUUGACCCUUUCGGUCACGCUCGUGAACACGCUUCAAUGUUUGCACAGGUUAAGUCUUUGAAGGCAGAUGACUUUUUCCCUUAUGCAGACAGCGCUCACGAUUUCUGGACUGGCUAUUUUACCAGUCGACCAGCACUGAAGCGUUAUGAGAGGAUCAGCAACAGCAACCUGCAGACGGGUACCCAGCGGGAGGUGCUCGGCGGCCCCGCCUCCAGGAGCGGACCGUUUGGAAAAGGCGACAGUCAGACACUCAAGAAAGCCAUGGCCGUGGCUCAGCAUCACGACGCUGUGUCCGGGACAGAGAAACAACACGUGGCCAACGACUACGCCAGAAGAUUGGCUAAAGGCUGGGACAACUGUCAGGUUCUGGUCAGUAACAGUCUGGCUGCUCUGAGCGGGUCAUCGUCCGAGCGCAGCUACUGCGACAACCUCAACAUCAGUGUGUGUCCAAUCACCGAGUCCAGCAAAAAGUUCUCAGUCAGCGUGUACAACCCUCUGGCCCGGCCCGUCACCUGGCCCGUCAGGCUGCCUGUAAACGGGAGUGCGUACGUCAUCUCUGACGCUAGUGGCAAAGCUGUGGACUGUCAGAUUGUUCCCGUGUCCAAAGCCACUCAGGACGUGAGGAGGAGUCGAGGCUUUGCUGUCAACGAGCUGGUGUUCCAGGUCCAGGCUCCUCCUCUGGGCUUCAGCACCUACUCUGUGUCCCUGCUGCAGGACGGGCCUCCGAGGACGGCGGUCCAGCACGACGCCCCGACUGUGAUCCAGAACAAGUACCUGCGGGUGACCUUUGACCCAGAAACUGGCCUCUUAAGUAGCCUCAGCAACUUGGAGACCAAACAGAGCAUCAAGCUGAGACAGAAUUUCUACUGGUACAACGCCAGUGACGGCAACAACUCUGACAGUAUCCAGCCGUCAGGAGCCUAUAUCUUCAGACCCAACUCGUCCACACCGUUCACCGUCAGCCCCAGAGCCAAGACGGAGACGCUGCAGACGUCCGUGGUGCAGGAGGUGCGGCAGUGGUUCUCGCCCUGGAUUUCUCAGGUGGUUCGUCUCUACGCCGACAGCAGGGCUCUGGAGCUGGAGUGGACCGUGGGACCGCUGCCCAUCAGUGACAGCCAAGGGAAGGAGGUGAUCACCCGUCUGGACACCAGCAUUAAAACCUCUGAGUUUUUCUACACGGACUCCAACGGCAGAGAAGUUCUGCAGAGAAGAACAAACUUCAGACCCACGUGGAACCUGAGACAGUCGGAGCCCAUCGCCGGAAACUACUACCCGGUCAACUCUCGUGCUUUUAUUAAGGACGACGAGGAUCAGCUCACGGUGGUGACUGAUCGCUCUCAGGGAGGAGGAAGCAUCCACAACGGCUCUUUGGAACUCAUGCUCCAUCGGCGUCUUUUGUACGAUGAUGUGCGUGGCGUGGCGGAGCCUCUCAACGAGACCUCGGAAAUCUUCCCCGAGGGCCUGGUAGUCCGUGGUCGCCUCCUGCUACUGCUCGACCGCCCUUCUGUUGCUGCGGAUGCUCAUCGCCCCCUGGCACAGGAGGUGGUACUGCAGCCUCUGCUAACAUUUAUGAAAGGAGAGCUGAGCCCCGGCACCAGACUGGAGUUCUCAGGUCUUCAGGCUGCACUGCCCCCUGCUGUCCACCUCCUGACACUGACACAGUGGGAUGCUGAUUCGGUGCUGCUGAGACUGGAGCAUCAGUUCCAGAGCUGGGAGAGUAAAGUGCACUCACAGCCAGUGACUGUCAACCUGCAGAAGCUGUUUUCAACUCUGGAGGUGCUGGGCAUGUCUGAGCUGAACCUGUCGGCCAAUCAGUGGAAAGAUGAGAUGAUACGUUUGGCUUGGAGCCCACAGUCAGAGGAGGGGCCUCCACUGCUGAAGUCAUUCCAAGAUCCCUCCACCUGGGAGGUGACCCUAAGACCCAUGGAGAUCAGGACGUUCCUGCUCAGAGUCAGCCUCAGAUAAAUAAGUUCAUCUUAAAAAAGAAAGUCGUCCUGGUCGAUAUGAAGAAACCAAACGAGGACGGUCGUUUGUUCCACUUGAAGAAAUCAUCUGUCUGCCUUCACACGCCACAAAGUCGGAUCUUUACUCUUUUCUCUGAAGCUGGAUUUUAUUGCAGUCAUUUAUCUCAGGAUUUUUGGUCCAAAUUCUACAACUUGUGUCAGAGUGAUAAUUCUGGGUGCUCUCAUAUACUUCAACUUUUGUCUGUAGUACUCGGAACUUUUUUUUUUUUUCUUGAUCACAGUGGCUGCCUAUAUUUUUCAUCUUCUAUUGUACAAUUCACAAGAAGCACAAUGCACAUUUCCAAAAAGUAUUUUCAUUGUUCUAAAAUUCUCAUGUUUAGAUUUUCUUUAAAAUCUUUUUUUUAUAUAUAUAUAUAAACAACCGUGCCUGGACUUUCGUGCUGGUUUGAAGAGUUUUGGAGGAGGACGUUGAGACGUGGUUUGUCACGAUCGUCUCUUACAAAGUUUAGAUCGGGUUUCUUCCUGUAUCACUGCACACGGUCCCAGGUGAGUGCAAUAAGAAAAUCAUUUUCUACUAAUGCCAAUGUGACAAACGCUUUUUGUACUGAUUGUGCAGCGUCUCCAAAUUAAAACUCGUGAUUCGUAA